GUGACAUUCAGUCUUGCAGUCAGACGGAGCCCGUUGGUGCUGGGCAGGGACGGCAAGGUGGGGGGACAGCCAGGGCCACCCGAGUGGCACCCAGCAACCACCACGGAGAAGGGUCCCCAGAGAAUUCGGAAGCAGGACAAGGAGUGGCCAGGGUUAGGGGGUGCAGGGUCCCGAUGUGACCCCCCUGCCCUCAGGGCCAUGCCGGAGGAGCUGGGGAGUCACCUUCCCCUCAGGGACUGAGCCGGGACAGUGGUGGACAGGGCAGCACAGGGGUGGCUCCAGCCAUGGGGGGUCUGCGGCAGCCCCCCGGUGCCUGCACGAUGCUGGUCCUGCUGCUCGCAAUCCUGAUGCUGCGGGUGCGAGCGACACAUCCCGACUGCUCCAUUGUCCUCUAUUUCCAAGACCAAGAAGCUGAAUGCCUGGAGAUUAUCAGGACUGAAAGCCAAAGGCCAGCACCCCCCGGGCAGCAAGGCUGCCCGACCGAGUGGGAUGGAGUGAGCUGCUGGUUGGCCGUGCCCGUCGGCCAGUCCCGAGCCGUCACCUGCCCUGACAUCCUCCAUGUCUUCAAGAAGUCCAAAGCGCUGAUCCGGAGGAACUGCACUGAGUCAGGAUGGAGCUUCCCCAGCCCCCUCUAUGGCAACGCCUGCGAGCUGGAGGCCAUCGGCAGCAGCAACGACACCGAGGACAAGAAAGGCUAUUUUGUCACCAUGAAGGUGCUUUACACCUGCGGCUACUCCACAUCCCUGGCAGCCCUGAUCCUGGCCAUCGGCAUCUUCUCCUGCUUCAGGAAGCUGCAUUGCACCCGGAACUCCAUCCACAUCCACUUCUUCACCUCCUUCAUACUGCGCGGGGCUGCCGUGUUCAUCAAGGAUGCUGUCCUCUUCUCGGAUGAGUCUGUUGACCACUGCACCAUGUCGACGGUGAACUGCAAAGCAGCCAUCGCCUUCUUCCAGUACUCAGUCCUGGCCAACUUCUACUGGCUGCUGGUGGAGGGCAUGUACUUGCAGACCCUGCUGCUGCUCACCUUCACCUCCGACAAGAGGUACAUCUGGUGGUACAUCCUCAUCGGCUGGGGUGUCCCCAUGCUGACGGUCUGUGUCUGGGUGGUCACCAGGCUGCAGUAUGACAACCAUGGGUGCUGGGAUGACUACACCAGUCUCUACUGGUGGGUGAUCAAGGCUCCCAUCCUCCUGGCCAUAUUUGUGAACUUCUUCAUCUUCCUCAAUGUCACCAGAAUGUUAGCGCAGAAGAUCCGAUCCCCGGACAUCAGCAAAAACUACAAGCAGCAGUACAUGAGGCUGACAAAAUCCACACUGCUCCUCAUCCCUCUCUUUGGGGUACACUACGUGGUGUUUGCACUCUUCCCUGAGCAUGUCGGUGUGGACGCCCGGCUGUACUUUGAGCUGGUCCUCGGCUCCUACCAGGGGUUCCUGGUGGCUCUGCUGUAUUGCUUCCUGAACGGAGAGGUCCAGGUGGAGAUCAAGAGGAACUGGGGCAAGUGGCAGUCGUCCAUGGAGAGCAACGUCUUCAACCUGGUCACCCAAGACUUCACAGCGUGAUGAGGACGGUGUUUGGGGGGAAAUAGUUCCUUGAGGAUUGUGCUGGUGGUGAAGCUGCAUGGCUACAGUCCCAGAAACACAAUAAAAAAAGGAUUUUGUAGGUUC